ACUGCAUGACGUUAGUUCUUCAUGCCAAGUCGGGUCUUCACUUCAGUUUAUGACGCAGUUCGAUUCGUAUCCCUUUAAGACCUUGCUCGGCUGUUCUUCCGAGUGUUUCCACCCAAGACCCAUCUUAUCUCGUUGUCAAAAUUUUUUACGAUCAUCCUGUACCUUUUGUGCUUUGCUACAACGGAAAUACGACUUCUUUCCCUUCGCAGUUUACGGCCUGGUUUACAGCAGCGACACUCCUACCAAAAAGUCUACUCUACUCAACUCUGACGUUAAUCCACUCCACUCCACUCUGUUCUACAACAAGUAUCCGUACAUCGAGGUGUAACGGUAUACCUCUAUUUCUCCCUUGUUCGUCGAGAACACUCUUGUGAAACAACUCCUGCAGAACAGUUUACGGCCUGGUUUACAGCAGCGACACUCCUACCAAAAAGUCUACUCUACUCAACUCUGACGUUAAUCCACUCCACUCCACUCUGUUCUACAACAAGUAUCCGUACAUCGAGGUGUAACGGUAUACCUCUAUUUCUCCCUUGUUCGUCGAGAACACUCUUGUGAAACAACUCCUGCAGAACAGACAUGCACACUGGACCACCUCGAGACAUGCAGGCCGGACCGCCUAUACACAUGCAGACCACACAUUGAUACAUGCAGGCCAGACUGCCUCCAGACAUAAAAGCCGGACAAAGCUACCUCACACAAAAGACAUGCAUACCAGACCACCCAUACACAUGCAGACCACAGGUCGACACAAACAGACUGCACAACGUCGACACAUGCAGGCCGGACCACCUCGAGAAAUCCAAGCUGGACCACCUCUAGACAUGCAGGCCGGACCACCUCAACACAUCCAGCCCGACCACCUCCAGACAUGCAGGCCGGACCAGCUCGAGACAUGCAGGCCGGACCACCUCUACACAUGAAGACCACACAUUGAGACAUGCAGGCCACACCACCUUUACACAUGAAGACCACACAUUGAGACAUACAGGCCAGACCACCUCGAGAAAUGCAGGGCGGACGACCUCAAGACAUGCAGGCCGGACCACCUCGAGAAAUCCAGGCUGGACCACCUCUACACAUGCAGACCGGACCACCUCGACACAUCAAGGCCAGACCACCUCCAGACGUGCAGGCCAGACCACCUGGAGACAUCCAGGCCGGACCACUUCGAGACAUGCAGGCCGGACCACCUUUACACAUGCAGACCACACAUUGAAACAUGCAGGCCGAAGAACCUCGAGACAUGCACGCCGGACCACAUCGAGACAUGCAGGCUGGACAACCUCGAGACAUCCAGGCUGGACCACCCCGACGCACAAAGACCGGACCACCUCGACACAUGCAGAGACAACGCUUCCUCACAAAAAAGACAUGCAGACUUGACCGCCUCAAACAUGCAGACCGGACCGGCUAUACACAUGCAGACCACACAUUGAAACAUGCAGACCAGACAGCCUCCAGACAUCAAGGCCAAACAAAGUUACCAGACACAAAAGACAUGCAGACUGGACUGCCUCGACACAUGCAGGCCGCACCACCUCGAGAAAUCCAGGCUGGACCACCUCUAGACAUGCAGGCCGGACCACCUCAACACAUCCAGGCCGACCACCUCCAGACGUGCAGGCCGGACCACCUCAAGACAUCCAGGCCGGACCACCUCGAGACAUGCAGGCCGGACCACCUUUACACAUGCAGACCACACAUUGAGACAUGCAGGCCAGACCACAUCCAGACAUGCAGACCAGACCACCUCGAGACAUCCAGGCUGAACCACCUCAAGACAUCCAGGCCGGACCACCUCGAGACAUGCAGGCCGGACCACCUUUACACAUGCAGACCACACAUUGAGACAUGCAGGCCAGACCACCUCCAGACGUGCAGGCCGGACCACCUGGAGACAUCCAGGCCGGACCACUUCGAGACAAGCAGUCUGGACCACAUCGACACAUGCAGGCUGGACAACCUCGAGACAUCCAGGCCGGACCACCCCGAGACACAGAAACCGGACCACCUCGACACAUGCAGAGACAACGCUUCCUCACAAAAAAGACAUGCACACUGGACCACCUCGAGACAUGCAGGCCGGACCGGAUAUACACAUGCAGACCACACAUUGAAACAUGCAGACCAGACUGCCUCCAGACAUCAAGGCCAAACAAAGUUACCAGACACAAAAGACAUCCAGACUGGACUGCCUCGACACAUGCAGCCCGCACCACCUCGAGAAAUCCAGCCUGGACCACCUCUAGACAUGCAGGCCGGACCACCUCAACACAUCCAGGCCGACCACCUCCAGACGUGCAGGCCGGACCACCUCAAGACAUCCAGGCCGGACCACCUCGAGACAUGCAGGCUGGACCACCUUUACACAUGCAGACCACACAUUGAGACAUGCAGGCCAGACCACAUCCAGACAUGCAGACCAGACCACCUCGAGACAUCCAGGCUGAACCACCUCAAGACAUCCAGGCCGGACCACUUCGAGACAUCCAGGCUCGACCACCUGUACACAUGCAGACCACACAUUGAGACAUGCAGGCCAGACCACCUCUAGACAUGCAGGCCGGACCACCUCGACACAUCGAGGCCGACCACCUCCAGACGUGCAGGCCGGACCACCUCGAGACAUGCAGGCCGGACCACCUCGACACAUGCAGGCCGGACCACCUUUACACAUGCAGACCACACAUUGAGACAUGCAGCCCAGACCACCUCCAGACGUGCAGGCCGGACCACCUGGAGACAUCCAGGCCGGACCACUUCGAGACAAGCAGUCACGACCACAUCGACACAUGCAGGCUGGACAACCUCGAGACAUCCAGGCCGGACCACCCCGAGACACAGAAACCGGACCACCUCGACACAUGCAGAGACAACGCUUCCUCACA